AUGUAUCGAGCUCUACUGAUAGUAGGAAUUCUAUUGGUAACAGCUGAAUCAAUAUCUCGACAUCAUCACAGACGAAGAUCUCUUCCGGAUGAUCAAUCCUCGGAAAUGAUGACUAAAGUGAUUUCACCGAGUUGUGAACUACUUUGUGAGGCCCAAUGGAAAAGCGAUUUCCAGAUUUAUUACGAUAAAAUGUACGACUCGGGUUACUACGAUAUUCCAUUGGAUCCAGCAGUGAUCUCUUCAAAAAGCGACUUGGUCACUUUUUGUCGGCUCACCGAACAAAAGUAUAAUUGUUUGAAGACACAAUGCAAGAUCACGGAUUUCCCAUGGACACCAGAGAGACACAUUUGCAAGUUGCACGCUGAUAAUUUCAAAGCCAGCAUCACGUGUUUCAAAAAAACAAAAGAUAUUGUGCACGAUGAUUGUUCGAGCCUUUGCGAUCGAUUGACACCGAGAAUCUCACCGGCUGAGAAGAGAUUUAUCGAGAAUCGGAAACUCCCCAGACAAGCAGUGAAAGAGUUCGAGCGGCAAAACUCAGCGUGUCUCUUUGUCGCUUGUCAUCGAUUAUGUCAUGAGAAAGUGAUCGAGCACAAGUGUUAUCCAUCCGAGAGAGCAAAAGCGCUUGAAACAGUCGCCGAAUAUUAUGAUGAGUAUAUGAGAAAGGAAUUCGAAAUCUUUGCUUUACCCGAUCACAAUCUUUUAUUCUCUUCAUUGUGCAGAAGGAUUACUCCAGAUGAAGAUGAAGAAGAAUUCGUGACUGGCAAUGCCUCGUACAACAACCGGACAAUGAAUCGAUUGAUUAAUGGAGUCAAAAUCGUCAUCCAAACAAUCGAGAACAAGGAACAAGAUGAGGAA